AUGAACGGUACUAUUCAAGAGAACGACCAUCGAAACCAUGAUACGAACGAGAGCCGAUGCAAUGAAGGAACCAUCAUGAACGACAGCCAGGGAGAAAGCCGCCCCGCGGAUACGUCAUAUAGUCACUUCACGAAUUACGAGAGGAUAUUCAUCAUCGCUAUGGCCGCGCUUGCUUCUCUCAUGUCCCCGAUUUCGAGUCAGAUAUAUUAUCCAGCACUUCCCGUACUUGCUGGUCACUAUCGAGUAUCCGAUACAUUGAUCAACCUCUCCGUUACUGUUUAUAUGAUCAUUCAAGGGCUAGCACCGUCAUUCAUGAGUAGCUUUGCUGAUACCAGUGGACGCCGACCAGUUUAUAUCACAUGUUUCCUCAUUUACGCUGCGGCUAAUGUCGGGCUGGCACUCCAGGACUCCUACCCAGCGCUAAUGGUACUCCGCUGUAUCCAGAGUGCAGGUAGUAGUGCAACAACCUCGCUUGGCUACGGAGUCGCAGCAGACAUUGCAAGUCCAUCUCAAAGGGGUAAAUACAUGGGCCUGAUAACUACGGGCUUGAUGACAGCCCUCUCACUGGGCCCCAUCCUUGGAGGUAUCCUCGUUCAAUGGCUUGGUUGGAGAAGCAUCUUCUGGUUCUUGCUUAUCCUAAGUGGGAGCUACUUACUGGUUUAUAUAAUAACGAUGCCGGAGACCUCCAGAAAGGUCGUGACAGAUGAACACAGAGUUCCACGUUCGUGGUGGAGUAAGAGCUUGGUUCAACAAUUCACUUCCCGUCGUCACGAUCCGCCAACGUCGAAUGUACCCGCGCAUCGGGUGCAAGAACAAUCAAGCACCACUAAAAAACCCGGAUUCAAUCCAUUACGUUCUUUGAAAAUCUUCCGAGACAAAGCAGCAUCCAUCGUUAUAUUACACAUCGGAUUGGCCUAUGCCUUACAGAUCGCCAUCAUGACGAACAUGGCCAACACCUUUGGUCAACUCUAUCAUCUCAAUACGUUCAAGCUUGGCCUAUGUUUCCUGUACGCUACGAUACUACUCCUGCUGCUGGGUGGCUAUGACUUGUUGCACAGACGCCCACUUUAA